AGGAAGUGGUAGGAAUUCCCAUCCCCACGUGUCUCCUCUGGAAUGUGGUGACGUCACCGAGGGGUCCAUUAAAAAAACUUUUUUUGGGAGUUAGGAGAAAAAAAACUUUUGUGGGGAGAUUGGAGCCGGUGGGGUCCGGAACCUCCGGGACCCUCCCUCCACCGGGCCUGGGACCCUCCCCCGCCCCACGAGUGGGGCAGAACAGGAGGGGUUUGGACCCCCCCCCAGCUGGGAAUCCCCCAUCGGAACCAGGUCCCAGAGAUGUCCGGUCCCACCUGGCUUCCCCCCAAGCAGCCGAGCUCUUCAGGCUCUCCCGGCAUCUCGGUCUCGGCUCCGGCGCUCUGCAAACCCCAGAAGAAAUACGCUCCGGUCCCCGCGCCCCCCAGGCCGGCCCCCCAGGAGCAGAAUGGGGGUGGCAUGAGCGGGCCGGGCUACCAGCCGUCGGGCCCUGGCAGCCUCCCGUCCCGUUCCCUGCCCUCUGGUUUCCGCCCCCCGGCUGGCUCAGAGCGUCAUUAUCCAUCACCCCCUGGAACCAAGGAUGAGCCGGGGGCACCCUGGGGUGGCCCCCCCUCUGCCGGACGCGGGUACCACAUGCAGGGGCCUGCCCUAGACCCAGGGCCCCACCGCCCCUCCAGCAUCGACGCCCAAAUAGACUCGCUCACCAGUAUGUUGGCUGAUAUGGAGAGCGCCGGCCCGCAACGCCGGGGGGAGAGGCAGAACUUCGACUCCGUCCCGUACCCGUCGGCCUCUGGCCCCCCGCAGCCCGGACCCCCCAAAAUGCCUGGCCCCUACAAGCCGGGCUCCUUCGCCCCCAAGAACUCGCCCUACGGUCCAUCGCCCCAACCUGCCACCUCAACGGCUUCCUCUGGGCCGUCUCCCCAGUACGGGGCUGGCUACCUGCGGGUGCCACCCGGGCAUAAGCCCUACCCGCAGCCCAUGCCCGCGUCCUAUACCACAUCGGCUGGGCCGGCCUUUAACGUCCAGGUCAAAGUUGCCCAGCCGGUGCUCGGUUACGGUCAACCGAGGCACCGGGCUGAGCAGGCCUAUGCCCCCCCCUCGCCCCAGGCUGGCCACGGGGCCCAGUACGCCUUGGAGCAGGGCGCCAGAGGGGAGGAGGGCUGGUAUCUGGAGCCGGGGGGUUACGGCAAGAGGCCAGGCAAAGGGGAGAGCUAUGGGGCUGGGGGGCUGGCCAAGCCGGCAGAGGCGUCUGGGGGUCCGUACCAGGCUGCCACUGGGACCCUGGGCAAGGAAGAGACGGCGGUGACAGGAAAGGUGCCCCCUGGUGGUGGAGGAGGAUACCAGCACCAGGCCCCACCGAGCCGCCCGGAGGAGGAGCUGGACAGACUGACCAGGAAGCUGGUGCACGACAUGAAUCACCCGCCGGCGGGGGAGUACUUCGGGCGCUGCGCCCGCUGUGGGGAGAACGUGGUGGGGGACGGGACGGGCUGCGUGGCCAUGGACCAGGUCUUCCAUGUGCCCUGCUUCACCUGCACCACCUGCCACGCCCGGCUGCGGGGCCAACCCUUCUACGCCAUGGAGCGGCGGGCGUACUGUGAGGCCUGCUACGUCGUGACGCUGGAGAAAUGCUCCAGGUGCUCCAAGCCCAUCCUGGACCGGAUCCUGCGGGCCAUGGGCAAGGCCUAUCACCCCCAGUGCUUCACCUGUGUCGUCUGCCACCACUGCCUGGACGGGGUCCCCUUCACCGUGGACGCCACCAGCCAGGUCCACUGCAUCGAGGACUUCCACCGGAAGUUCGCCCCACGCUGCUCCGUGUGUGGCAACGCCAUCAUGCCCGAGCCCGGGCAGGAGGAGACGGUCAGGAUCGUGGCCCUGGAUCGGAGCUUCCACAUUGGGUGCUACAAGUGUGAGGAGUGCGGGCUGCUGCUGUCAUCAGAGGGCGAGGGCCGCGGCUGCUACCCCCUGGACGGGCACAUCCUGUGCAAGUCGUGCAGUGCCCGGCGCAUCCAGGAGCUCUCCUCGAAGAUCACCACUGACUGCUGAGGGCUCGGGGGGGCUCAGCUCCCCGCUCACCCCCAGGUCUCUGCCCUGGGUGGGGGCCCUGUCUGCCCUCAAUGCCAGCAGCUGCUUCAGUAUCAGUCAAUUUGGGGUCCCCCCACACCCUGUUUCUCCCAUCCCCUAGGGGGCAAAGAACCUGCCUUGUGCCCCCCAGAUUCCUGCCCCUGGCUAUGUCGGCAUCUAAUAUUGGGGUCUCCCUGCACCCCACUUCUCCCAUCAUUUUGGGGGGCAGAGCCCCCCAUUUCUUGUUACCCCCAGCUCCAUUGUCAUCUAUUAACCCCUCUCUGCCCCCCCCCAUUUCUCCCUUCACUUUGGGGGUACGUUUGCCCUCCCAGAGUCCCUGCUCUGCCAACAGCUGUUAAUUUGGGGUCCCCUCUGCCCCUUGCCUCCCCCCAAUUCCUCAGCCCCGGCCCCAAGGUCGAGACAAGGGGGGGGGGUGGCAGCAAAAGGAGAGGUGGAAUUCACCCUGCUCUAAUAUUGGGGUGAGGUUGGACCCCCCCUCCACAGCUGGUAUAAAGCAGGGGGCGGGGCUUGGUGGCUGGACAGGAAGUGAACCUGUCUAUUUGCCCCUCCCACAUUUCUCUUGGCCCUGCCCCCCCCAGCCUCUUGGCCCCGCCCCCUCCCGGGGAAGGUUCUCUCCUGCCCCUCCCCUCAGCUGAAAUAUCAGCUGUGCCCUGGGGGGGGGGGAGGCUGCCCCUUAAUUCCCCAGCAGGUAUCCCCAAUAUUUCUUACUGGGGGGGUUGUAUUUCUCCCCACUCCAGGGAUUCAGAGACCAGUUUAUGAGGGGUGGGGGGAUGCUCAGGAUUUGGGGUUUCUCCCAAAUUUGGGGUCAGUUUGUUUUUUGGAGGGUCAUGGGGGGGGGCUGCCCCUUCCCGAAGGAGCCCUGACUCCCCACCUGUUUUGGGGGUGGCCCUUUGGACCCUAACAACCCCCCAGCUGUGUGUAUCAGGAUGCCUGGGUUCCAUCCCAGGCUCCUGGGAGGGGAAUAGGAGUGGGGGGAGGCAGGACUCGUGGGUUCUAUCCCUGGCUGGGGGAGGGGAGGGGGUUCCUUCAUCACCAUUAACGAUUUCCAUUGCAUGCUUCACCCUCUUCCCCCCCCCCCCAACUCUAUAAACACCCUCCCCCUUUCUGGGCCGUGGGGAUGGAUUAAAGAUUUGUUUUUUCACUCUUGGCAAUACAA